AUGGGAGUCCUCAUCGGAGGAACUUACCGAAUGACCGACCCCUCUACUGUACUCCGUGCAGCUAUUGUUGUUGAUCUGCAGAGCCUGCCCAAAGGUUCAGCUGUGAAUUUGGAAGGCUUUUGUGUUUCUAUUAAGGGGGUGCUUGGACAAAUUAAGAAGGCUUUAUAUAGUGGCUGGGGUGGAACCUGCAGGGUUAAACCGUUUUGUAGAACAACCAAAACCUGUGUUGCGUGCAGGUGUGUGCUUGAUUCGAGUAUAACUAGGUUGGAGGCAAUGCCAGGCCCUGGUCCUCACCUCAUGUACGCCAUGGCCUCUGGUUUGGCUCUCACGAGCAUCACCAAUGGAAAGUUUAGUCCUCACCACACACUAACCUACACAGUAAACGCCUUCUUUGGCCCUGAUAUUGGUUCUUUCUCGGAGUGGCUAGGUUCACUCUUUGGUGGCCCUUUUGAUGCUUUGGGAUCUGCUCUUGCACAUCUCAUCCACCAUCCUUUCUACUACAUCCUUGUUUUGGGUCUUCCUCUCUCUUUUCUCUAUUCUCGGAUAUCCUCCUAUCUUCUUCACACACACCUUCUUGAUUCUGUCUCCAGGGUGCCCCUUACGAGGAUGCAAUGCUUUUUCUUGAUAUCUGCUGGCUCUUUUACUCACUUCUUUCUUGAUCAUCUGUUUGAGGAGAAUGGGAAAACAACCACGUACACUUGGAUUUUGAGCACUGGCUGGUGGCAAAGUAGAGCACCAGUGAACCCAGAUGCUGUUGUUAUAGUUGGCUUCUUAUGUGCUUGCUUAAUUGGUGGCUUUUUUUACCUCAACAGAGCAAGUUCCUCAAACUCCAUAAAGAAAAAGUCAUAUCAGUCGAUGCUACUUAUGAUCUCCAUUGCUUCCUUGUACUGUCUUUGGUGUGCAAUCCAGAUAUACUGGAUCAGUCCGCGUCGCCCAGCAGUUGGUGAAGAGGCCGAUCUUGGUGUUCUUGUGUUCUUAGCCGUAUACUUUUUCUUACCUUACGGUUUGUGUAUAAUGUCCAUGUCCCCAAAAGAUCCUGAUCCAAAUCAAAUUCCUCUUUAA